AUGGAUGGCGCUUCAUGUCCUAGUUUAUUCCCUUCUCACCGCUGCAAAACCGUGCACCUGGUUUGUGGCAUCCACUUUCUUUCUGUCCCAGACUCUUAUGUGUUUGGGUUCACCAGGUUCUUAUCGUAGGAUUUUAAUUGGGUGCCUAGGUAAGGCAUGCACAAGGAAUUCACAAUGUAGAAGGAGAAAAGGACCACAAGGCCUAUUUAUCUCCAGUGCUUUUUGAUGCUCACCUUACACCUCUCGGAUGGCAGCAGGUAAUACAGGUUUUUAUGGUCAUUAUGUUGUUGGUAUGGUCUUGCACCUCUCUUACCGGAUCUUUUCAUCUCUUUAUGUUUUAAGUGGAUCAUAGAUAGGAAAAACAUUUCUAUUUGGUGGUCAAAAUUUCCAGAAUGCGGUUUAUAAGUUUAUUUUCCAGAAUGUUGUCAAUGCAUGAAAUUUGACGUUUGUUUUUCUGUAACAGCCAUUCGUUUCUUGGAGACAAAUAUUUCUUAUGCAUUCGUAAAUGUUAUCAUUCCCUGUUCACUGUGGUUUCAGAAUGUAAUUUCGCAUCAACAAUUACAUGACCCUCUCAUGUUCAACCUCUUUAGAAGAAUUCACAGGCUCUUCAAAUUUUUCUUUAAACUAUUUUGGGUUGUAGAACCACAUUUCAUGCGAACCCUUUACUUUACGCGGCACAAAAUGCUUUGUUUACUUUACAUUUCUUGGAACCGUUAAUUGUUAUCUAAAUGCUUUGUUUGCUGGCACAAAAAACCUUAUCAUUUGUAUGCGCGGAUAUUUUUUAAGGGACAAUAUGAAUUAACGGUUUGUCUAUCACAUAGGUUGAUAACUUGCGUAAGCAUGUUCAAUCAUGUGGGCUUUCUAAGAAGGUCGAUCUAGUCAUUACUUCUCCUCUUCUAAGGUAUCCAUUUUAACAAGUAUGUUUCGUUACUCAUCUUGGAAAAUGCUUGUGUACUGAGCUCGGGAUGUAUUUUUUUGUGCGUUGACUGUCUAAUCCUAGGAAGGACAACAACACCCAAUUAAUUGGCUAUCGUCCUACUUUGUCUUGUGUGGCUUGUGUAUCAUUGUCUCACGAUCAGUUAGUUUAUAUAAAUGUUUUAUGUUCUUGGAUAUUAUAUUUUAAUGGAUCUAACUGAGAAACAAUAUAAUUUUAUGGAUUGCCUCCCGGAUAAUAUUUCGAGUGCUAUGUAUGUGACAACUUUGUCGUAACUUCCUUCGAAGGGCCUGCUUGAAGCUUUGAGGAAUUUGAAAAAUGUUGAAACAAGCCCUAAGGGUACUAAAUUUUCACUUUUCUAGAACCCUGUAGAACGGUUAAAUGGAAAUUAUAUUGCCUGGCUACCAACUGGAACGUUAACUGUUUGAUUUCCAAGAAAGGUUUGUGAAUAUGAUAAUCCAAUGAUAUUGAUAUGUGCUCUCUUUUUGCCCUCUGCUCCUGCUAUUCCUUUGUACUGAAGAAUGUACAGCUUACGCCUAUCUUUGAUCUUUUAAGUUCAAUAUAUAUAUAUAUAUAUAUAUAUACAAACUAGAGGAGGGAAGAAAAGUAGUGUUUCCAAUCUAUUAAAAUCAGAUUUCUAGCAUUCACUAUUUACACUUAGGCUUCAAAUGUCUGUGAAGUCAACCGUAGCAACUGACAUCUAGGCUCUAGGUAGUUUCCAUCUCACUGCUCACAAAAUAGGAUAAAUGUUAUUGUAUUUGAAGUGUUUGGGACAGUGUUGUAUGUGUCUGGAAAAUUGAUUGAUUGAUGGAGCCCUGCAUGCCAGCAUUUUUUUUACAGGGAAUAGAAAAACGCCAAACUCCGUAUACAGAUUUGAUGUUUUUUGUUGAAAAAUCUCUUUUUUGUCUGGGUCCAAAUGGAGUUGGGGGGGGGGCAAUGAAGAAAAUGCUACGAUUUUCCUCUUCGUGCUUUAAACUAUGAGGAAUUGCCAUUGAAGCUCCUAAAUAUAUUAUUUUAUGCGGGGGAGCUGUUUCUGACUGUUGACGGGAUGUCUAGUAUAUUCCGAGUUAUGUCACUAUGUGUCUAGAACCUUCCGGGUCUGUUAUAAAUAACAGACCCCACUUCGUUUGAAAUGCUAUUUUGUGUUUCUUUCAAAUAAAAUAACUUUUUCUCUACGGGCUCUGGCAUCACUGUUCAGCGUACCAGAUCCGAUUUUAUCUUCAACACUUACAUUCUUAUCAGGAUCAUAUUUUCCAAUAGUUGUGAUUUUUAAUUCACCUAUAGUUGAGAUUUUACAAUUGCCUUUUUCUUGAUUAGAGCUAGUUCAUAGCUUAUCUAAAUCGUGUGUAAGAGUCCAUUGAUUUCAUAAAUGCUAUUUUAUCUCCACUUAUCUAAUUUUUUUUUUUCUUGAAUGACUAAAGUUCUUCUUUCCUUCUCGGUACUGCCUUUUGAGUGGAUGUACUUGCAUGCUCUACGAAGUCUCAGUUAUUAAGGGACAGAGCUUCUGAAAGUCUGAAGUAAAGCGUUGAUCUGCAUUGCCUUUUAUUGAUCGUAACCGACAUUUUCGAUGCUAGUGUCUUCUAUGCAUGAUUUCUUUUAAAAUGUGUUGAGUUUACCUUUUUGAUUUGUGAGAUGAUGACCAGGGUGUGGAAGCCCCCCCGUUAAUGGUCACACCUAAGAUUGAGUGCAACUAGGAAGGACUCCAGGGAGAUACAUCGCAAAACUAUUAGAGAAAUUAGUCGGACUGCUGAUGGCAGUGCAUUCUACAACUUUCUUUCAUCCUAGGAAUCCUUGUUUAUAAUUUCCAUGGUGUUAUAUCCUAUUAUUAUUAUUUAGUUUAUAUUAUUGUUGGCCUUUGUUGCAGAAUUUGAUGAAUUUUCCCACGGAUGUGAAGUCAUUGUGAACAGUUAGUUGUUAACAGGAAGCUUCAUUUUCUUCCUUUUAGUCCUUACAAUUCCAUUUAUCAUCCUGGAGAAUGUGUGCUAAUUGUUGACAUCGGUAUGUACUUUCACAGAACUAUGCAGACUGCUGUUGGUGCCUUUGGAGGUGAAAACUAUUCUGAUGGGGUGAAUGUGGCUCCUUUAAUGAUUGCCAAUGCUGGGAGUAGUUUUCGUUCUGCGAUUUCAAGUCUAAAUUGUCCACCAUUUUUGGCGGUAGAAGACUGCCGGGAACAUUUGGUGAGUUUAUUAAAACUGGAUGUCUAGAAUGACACGAUAUAUAAAUGCCUCAGCACUUUUUGUACAUGUUUUGAAAAUUAUCCUUUGGACUAAAUUGGGGCAGCAUUUUAUGGCAGUUCAUUCGUUUCCCAUAUUCCCAUAUUCCAUAUUUUGGUCCAAGAUUUGUCUGUUUUCUGCUGCUGCAUAUUUUAGGGUCAAAUAAUACCUUUCACGGGCCUAGACAUAGUACAAUGGCAUUGUAAUUUUUUCUGCCCAGUUGUCAAUUUCUACAAAAUGGACUUUUCUAAAAAUAUCUAUGACUGCAGGGGGUGCACCCAUGUGAUCAGAGGAGAAGCAUAAGUGAGUAUCAGCUUCUUUUUCCUGCAAUUGAUUUUUCAUUGGUAAGUUCUGUCCUAUAUUUAUUUAGUUCCAUGAAGAAUUAAUGACCGGUUGUAUAUCUUUUGAUUUUUCUGGGUACGUGUCUUAAACGGCUUAUCUCUUUCUUCCAGAUAGAAAAUGAUGAAGAUGUUCUCUGGAAGGCUGAUGUUAGGGAACCGAAUGAAGAUGUUGCCGCUAGGGGAAUCAAAUUUAUUAACUGGUGCUGGGUUUUUCUAAACCUUCAUAUUUAUUUUUUUUCUGGAAAAUCCCGUUAAAGGAUUUUUUAAAAAAUUAGCUUAAAUUUGAAAGUGAAAACGUUGUACAACUUGAAUCUCUUUCUUCCCAUUAUCCGUCUUUUUCUCACUUGAUUAACCAAGAAUGUAGAUUUCAGUACUUUUUAGACACGGAAGUAAUCUUUCUUUCACAUCUUAAAUUAAUAAAAUUAAUAACUCAGGUUCUCAUCAUUCCAAAUUUGAGACUGUCUGUUCUGCACCUUGGCCAAUGCUUGAAAUGCAGGAACUGUUGGAUUGCUGUUGACGGAGGAAUUUGCCCGUCUUUUUUCAUUUGUCUUUUGCAGAAAUCGUUUUCUGGAGACUUUAUGCCGUCUCAUUUUUCUUCUGGCCUAGCCUUCAGUUUGAAAAUAGUCUUCAUGGUAUUAUUCUUUGCAGAUGUCACAAGAAAUCACCAGAGUAAUUUCAACUCGUUGGCAAAAAGUAUAUAAUAUUUGGACAUUUUGAUGUUAUCCUUCUCUGUUGUAAUCUGGGAUCGAAGGGCUUAGGUUCUCUGUUGCCCCUUCUUUUGUCUCCUAAAACUGCCUUCAUAAGCUAGGUAUGCAACUUGAAUGGUCUGUUUUCAAACUAAAACGUUUCCAUUUAAGGGGCAUUCAUUGCAAAAUUACAGUUUAUCGUUUCUUGUUCGCUGAAUUCAUUGGCUGUUUGUUGUAAAGUAAACAGAUUGGCCCGCGUAUGAUUGUUUUGUCCUCUAUUUCACAUUCUGUUUCUGAAGUUUUUUUAUUGAUAACAGUUUCCUCAUAAGUCUCAAAGUCAAACGAUCUUGUUGUCCUUUCAUGUCUUUUUUCUCAGGCUAUGGACAAGAAAGGAAAAGGAAAUUGCAAUUGUGACGCAUAGCGGAUUCCUGUAUCAUACAUUACAAAAGUUUGGGAACGACUGCCAUCCAUUAGUCAAAGAAGAAAUCAGCAAACAGUGAGCUUUUACUUUGUUCUUAAAUCUCUCUCUCUCUCUCUCUAAACACUCCUCUCCAGUGCUCCACUAGCUAGAUUUGUUGAUAGUGAAGUUAGAGGUACAAAUUCGGAGGCUUAGAAUCCUUUGAAUCAUUGUGAUGCAUGGGUAACCUGAAGUCGAAUUUUCAUGAAAGUUAAAAUCUACACAUGUGAUAGAGCUGAAUCGACAAUUCCGUAGUUGUGAUCACAAUUUCGUAGCAUCACAGUGAUCAGGGACAGAAGUGAGAGCAAAACAACGUGUUUUAUUUGUUUUUCCAUCUACAAAAAGAUUCCAACAAUGACGUUACGGUCAGCACAAUUAAUGCAAUGCGUAGAUUGUAGUGUUACUCAGCAGUCAUUCAUUGGCCAGGAGCAUACUGUGUAGUUGUCUGCGCCACCAUCACUGUGGUAUACAUUGCUUUUUUGUCACGUUGUGCGUGGAGCUGAUUCUGAAUGUUGUGCCAGCGCUACGGAACGUAGUUUAAUCUUCAUUCAUCCCAGUAAACAUCAUUGUGUUUGUGAUGGAUCUUCCCGGUUGGCUGUGUUUGAAAGUUGUGUCUGGCCGUUUAAUCUGGUCGUCCUCUUUGCCCGUAAUCCUGCAGCUUCGCAAACUGUGAGCUCCGAUCGAUGAUCUUGGUCGACAGGAGGUGAGAACUCCUGCAGACUCCUUUGACGUGCUCCUCAGCUGUCGCUGCUGAGGUCUGCUUUUGUGUUCUCGGGGCUGACCUUGCGAUGUGAAUCUGCAGCAUGAUUGGUUCGGGGAUCUCCUCGGCCACGAACUAUCCCGGAAAGAUCCCCCCCGGGCUGGACCUGCCCAGCGACAUGGUGGACGAGGAGGAGAUGCAGAUACCUUGA